AUGAAAGUCUCAUCUGCUGUCUCUUCUACCAGCGUGAACAACAAUAAUGAUGUGACUGCUUCAUGGGCAACCGCUUCAUUCUCUGUUGCUGUCUAUGCUUACUCGGUUUUUUCGUUGGUCUCCUGGUGGUUCUUCCUAGUGCCCAACCAUUUCUUGCCUGAUGCAGUUGCCAAAGUAAAACUUUAUUCCAUGGACACUGCUACAACUGUCCCGUCCAUUUGGACUGCAUCUUUGCAGAACAUGGCUGCAAUGUGCGCUUUUGGAUUCACUCAUUCCAUCUUUGCUCGCAAGUCCGUCAAGAAGUGGAUGGCAUUGCCCAUGUCCGUCGAACGUUCUUUCUUUUGCCUUCAAGGGACAUUCUUUCUCCAUUUGAUCCAGAUGACUUGGGUUGAAGCAUCUGAUGCUGCCAACGUGUGGGACUUGACGAACUUUCCGCAGAUGACCACUGUAGCUCUCGCACUGUUUUGGAUGGGUAGCGCAGUUUUGUUGAGUGCAACUUUUGCGUUGGACCACUUUCAUAUGUUUGGUGUCUCGCAGGGAUUUGGACUCGAUUUGAAUGGAAUGUUGGGCUUGACGCCCCCCAAAUCAGAGUCAGGAUUGGCGACUCGUUGGCAUUACCGCAUUGUGGCACAUCCCAUCAUGACAGGAGCAUUGAUGAACUUGUGGGCCACUCCAAUCAUGACUCCCUGUCGUCUUGUGCUGGCCAUGUUCCUCACCAGUUAUAUUGUUGGGGCUGUCACUCGGUUGGAAGAGCCCUCCAUUCGCGAAGACUUGGGAGGUGCCUAUGAUGAAUACUUGAAGAAGACACCCCGAUUCUUCCCUGCAGUCCCCCACAUGGUCUCUGUCCAGAAAUCCAGUUUGAAAGAAACGUAGAGUGGAUUGGUGUGCAUGUAUGUCAUACCUGUCUGUUGAUCCAAACAGACGAGAAUGCAUGAAAAGGCAACGAGGAGUAAGCUUAGUGGCACGGUGGUAACGUAUAGCAACACAUUGAUAGCUUAUUUUCUUUAUGUGGUAGAGUAGAGUUAUGAACACC